AUGAGCCAACUGCCUCUGAGCACUACCGUACGCUGGACCCCGGAUACCGAAGCGAGCGUAUGUUUUAGCUGUCAGCUUCGCUUUGACUGGGUACGACGCAAACACCACUGCCGCUAUUGCGGCCAUGUAUUCUGUGCGCUUUGCACAACGCAACAUAGUCUGAUCCAAAAAGACCAGAUUUUGAUUGAUCCAGAGCACAAAUACCUAGAGGUGAACGUGCACAACCCACAUCGCGUAUGUGACGACUGCUACGCGCGUCUUGAACCGCAGCAGGCGGAACUGCGCCGGACAAUGAGUCACGCUGUGCAACAUACGGAGGUGAAGGACCCCGGACUCGAGCAAUUUUUCAACAGUCCCUACUCGUUUACGCUAAAGGAGGAGAUUUGCAAGGCCACAUACAGUGUCAAAAACUUUACGUACCACCAGUCCAUCCCAUUACCGCUGCUCACUCAUGCCAUGGGCAUCGCAUUUUUGACGGUCAUCAAGGUGGGAUUUGUUUUUACGGGACGCAUGGGAACGGGACUUGUGGUCGCGAGACUGCCUGACGGAAGGUGGUCGGCGCCUUCAGCCAUCGGUACGGCUGGGGUAGGGUGGGGUCUGCAGAUAGGAGGAGAGAUCACGGACUGUGUAAUUAUUCUCAACACCCAACGUGCUGUUGAGGCAUUCUGUACAUCCGGCCAAGUCAAUCUAGGCGCGGAGCUGGGUAUUUCUGCCGGGCCUGUCGGCCGUGUGGCCUCUGGAGCGCUGGAGGCAAGUGCAUCGAUGGACGUUGCACCAUGCUAUUCAUACUCGCACUCAAAGGGUCUCUAUGCAGGCAUUUCGCUCGAGGGCUCGGUGAUUCUGUCCAGACCAGAUAUCAACCGUUCAUUUUACGGCAAGACAAUGCCCGUAUCCGAUCUACUUGGAGGUGUUGAGCCACCACCUAUAGCUGCUGCGCCAUUGUAUAACGCUAUUCGUGCAGCGAUGGAAAGUCCAGCAAAUGGUGCCAACUGUGUUGUACGCAGCUCCUCAGUACCGAGCCACGAGUGCCAGCCUACUGCGUCAAGAGCAGACAUGAUGUCAGCUCCUAUGAAUAGCUCAUUUUUAAACAACGCUCCCGUUAAAUUGUAA